GUCUUCCUUGCAGAGUUGCAGUCUUUUGAUUCUGGGAAGUAAUAUCUGUCGUGAGAAUCCAACGUUUGACUAUUAGAGAGAAGAAGCUUGAGUUCGUUCCCUGCUGGAUUUACCUCGUUGAGAGGGUUUUGCUCUGGAACCCAACUAGGGUUCUACUCACUUGGUCAGGCUGAUGAUCCCAUCUAUUGUUUUGCCCUUGAUUCAUGGAUUUGCGAACUGUGUUGCUGUUUGCUGAACGGAAGAGUAGGAAACGAUUAGUGUGUGGGACGUCAUAAACAGGACCAAAAAUGAGAUGCGACAAGCCAAUUUGGAUUAGACAUGAAGGAAUGCAAAUAUUUUCCGUUGACAUUCAACCCGGUGGUCUUAGGUUUGCAACUGGCGGUGGAGAUCACAAGGUGCGGAUAUGGAACAUGAAAUGUUUGGAUAAGGAUUCAGAGAAUGACCAAUCAACUCAGAAGUUGCUAGCUACCCUCCGUGAUCACUUUGGGUCAGUUAACUGUGUUAGGUGGGCAAAGCAUGGCAGGUAUGUUGCAUCAGGGUCUGACGAUCAGGUGAUCCUGAUUCAUGAGAGGAAGCCAGGGUCAGGCACCACUGAGUUUGGUAGUGGAGAGCCCCCGGAUGUAGAGAAUUGGAAAGUUAUAAUGACUUUGAGAGGACACACUGCAGACGUGGUAGAUCUUAAUUGGUCUCCAGAUGACUCAAUAUUGGCCAGUGGGAGUUUGGAUAACACAAUUCACAUCUGGAACAUGAGCAAUGGUAUCUGCACUGCUGUCUUAAGGGGUCACUCAAGCCUAGUUAAAGGCAUUGCUUGGGAUCCCAUUGGUUCUUUCAUCGCCAGUCAGUCAGAUGACAAGACUGUCAUUAUUUGGCGAACAAGUGAUUGGAGUCUUGCCCAUAAGACAGAGGGGCAUUGGGCAAAAUCUCUUGGUUCAACCUUUUUUAGGCGGCUCGGAUGGUCACCAUGUGGCCAUUUUAUCACCACAACUCAUGGUUUUCAGAAGCCCAGGCAUUCUGCACCUGUACUGGAAAGGGGGGAAUGGUCUGCUACUUUUGAUUUCUUAGGGCAUAAUGCCCCAAUUAUAGUUGUAAGAUUUAACCACUCAAUGUUCCGGAGGAACUUCACAAAUGGUCAGGAAGUAAAAGCUGUAACUGCUGGAUGGUCUAACGGGGCCUCUAAGACUGCACCAAAAGAAUCACUGCCAUACAAUGUGAUUGCAAUUGGGAGUCAGGACCGCACUGUAACUGUAUGGACAACUGCAAGUGCCCGUCCUCUCUUUGUUGCCAAGCAUUUCUUUACUCAAAGUGUUGUAGAUUUAUCCUGGAGUCCUGAUGGUUAUUCACUCUUUGCCUGUUCCUUGGAUGGGACAGUGGCAACUUUCCACUUUGAGGUUAAGGAGGUUGGACAUCGAAUAAGUGAUGCUGAAUUGGAUGAGUUAAAAAGAAACCGCUAUGGUGAUGCUAGAGGACGACAGGCAAACUUAGCUGAAAGCCCAGCUCAGUUAUUGCUUGAAGCAGCAUCAGCUAAGCAAUCUGCCGGUAAAAAGGUCACUUCCAGUGUCCAACAGAACCACACAUCUGUAAAAUCUUCAGGGGAUCCUGGGGUCCCGAAUGUUAGUCAGACAAUUCUUAAGUCUUCUGAUUCCCAACCUGAUGAUGGAAACAAAAAUGGAGGAGCCAGUGGUGAGGAGUUAAACAAAGUACCAAGUACUGCCCGGAUUUCUAAUCCCGUGAAGCAAAGGGAGUAUAGGCGGCCUGAUGGCAGAAAGAGGAUUAUUCCAGAAGCAGUUGGUGUGCCUGUUCAUCAGGAAAAUAUCUCUGGUGGGACCACAGAUCAAGCACUUGAUUUCCAUCCUGCGGAUCAGCGAAAAUGUGAUACUGGGGGGGUUCUUGCUGAUGUUGGCACCCGGGAAGGUUCUCUUAAAAGACCAUUUAGUGGGAACUCUGAAGCAAACCAUUCUGGUGUUAAGGAGCGCUCCGGGAUCACUGCUAGGGCAACCAUUAGUGAAAGCCUUGUUAUUGAAAGGGUGCCAGUCUCUUCAGGUGCAGAUGGAACAAUCAAUGUAGAAAAGUCAGGAGUUGUGAAGGCUUGUGGUUCAGAGGUUGCUUGCAGCAGUACUGCUCUUUCAAUCAGGGUCUUUGAUAAGAAAGAAGGGGAAGAUUCCAUCCCAGUUUGCUUGGAAGCUCACUUUGUCGAGCGAGCUGUUAAUGACAUUGUUGGGGUUGGAAAUACAUUUACGACUAAAGAAACAGAAGUUAUAUGUACAAGAGGGGCCCAAGCACUGUGGUCUGACAGAGUGUCUGGGAAAGUAACCGUCUUAGCUGGAAAUUCCAAUUUCUGGGCUGUUGGGUGUGAAGAUGGCUGUCUCCAGAUAUACACAAAGUGCGGAAGACGAGCCAUGCCCACCAUGAUGAUGGGGUCAGCAGCAAUAUUUAUAGACUGUGAUGAAUGUUGGAAAUUGUUGCUUGUCACAAGGAGGGGAUCAUUAUAUGUAUGGGAUCUGUUCAAAAGGACAUGUCUUCUGCAUGACUCACUGUCUUCUUUGAUCACUUCCAGUCCUAGCUCAUCCACCAAAGUCACAGGCACAAUUAAAGUUAUAUCCAUGAGGUUCUCAAAGUCUGGUUCACCUCUUGUUGUUCUGGCCACCCGUCAUGCUUUCCUUUUUGAUAUGAGCUUGAUGUGUUGGCUGAGGAUAGCAGAUGAUUGCUUCCCAGCAUCAAAUUUUGCUAGUUCGUGGACUUUAGGUUCAAUUCAGAGUGGUGAGCUAGCUGCUUUGCAGGUGGAUGUUGGGAAAUUCUUGGCUAGAAAGCCAAGUUGGAGCAGAGUGACAGAUGAUGGGGUGCAGACGCGGGCACAUCUGGAGGCUCAGUUGGCUUCUUCACUGGCAUUGAAGUCCCCUAACGAAUAUCGUCAGUGCCUUCUCUCCUACAUACGUUUUCUGGCAAGAGAAGCAGAUGAGUCCCGCUUACGGGGAGUCUGUGAGAGCUUUCUUGGGCCUCCAACAGGGAUGGCAGAGUCCACGCCAUCAGAUGUCAAGAAUGCAACAUGGGAUCCUUGUGUGCUGGGAAUGAAAAAGCACAAACUUCUAAGAGAAGAUAUACUUCCAGCCAUGGCUUCAAACAGAAAAGUGCAACGGUUGCUCAAUGAGUUUACGGAUCUCCUGUCAGAGUAUGAAAGUGCUGAAAUCAAUGUGGAUCAAACAAACUCAGUACCACCAUCAAUAGAUGAAGUGGAUACCGGUCCCCCAUUGACAGAGCAAAUGGAUUCUUCCCAACUAGUAAAGGAGCCUGGUUUACCACCGACUGAUCAAAUCGAUUCUUCCACACUGGCAAAGGAGACUGAUUUAGCAUGGACAGAACAAUUGGAUUCUGACCCACCUGCAAAGGAUAGUGAUUCUUGAAUCUCGGCAUCACUCAACCAU